CGGUAUUUACUAUCUCAUAUCCAGCACGUGUUCAUGGAAUAAACUUUUUCGUGAUUCUUUUCAGCCCAACGCAGUGCUCCUCCUGAGCGUCUUCAGUUUAAUCUUCCUGUGAAUUUUCGCACUACUGAUGUAGUCUACGCAGUGCCUCCAGUCCAAAUAUCUAUGCCGACGGAGAAACCUCUAGAUACUCCAGUUCCGUUUCGGCGGCAGCGGUCUAAAAGUUAUCCUAACCUUGAUAUUUUUAAAGAGGCUCGUCAAAUUGGAGGAGAAGACGAUAACGAACAUGAAUCAAUUCCUGUGGAAAUCGUUGCUCGAGGCCCUAAGGCCCUCGAAGCUUACCAUUGAGCCAUCGAAGAAGGAAAAACUAGUGUGAAAAGAGUGCCAAUCAUGUUCAUUGGGCAAGGUCAGUCGGGAAAAACAAGUUUAAAGAGAUCACUUAUAGGAGAGGAAUUCAAUCCAGAAGAAUGCAGUACUAUAGGCAUCGAAACAGAUCCUUCCUAUUGUAAAGUAUCAACGGAAGUUUGGAAAAUGGGAGAGGCAACCCACGAAAGAGAUUCAAGCAUGGAGCCAAUCUCUUUUGAAAGACACACAGCUCAAUAUAUUGUUAACAGCCUCGAGAAAAACGAACGAAGAAAAGAACUCAAGCCUAGCCCAUCUCGUUACGACAAUGUACAUGAGAAGAAAGGAGGUCCAUGUUCCCUAAAUAAUAAUUGUGUAUCAUCCGGUGCACCAAAGGUUAAAGCCGUGCCAGAAGAAAUAGCGUCAUUAGUUACCAGGCUACUUCAAGUUGUGCGCGUUGACGAAGACAAAGAUGAAAUCUUUUCAACUUUGUGGGAUUUUGGCGGGCAGUCAGUUUAUUAUUCUACCCACCCACUUUUUCUAACAAGAGGGGCAAUUUACCUUUUGGUUUAUAAUCUCAACCGAGAUCCAGAGGAGAAGUCUAUAUCUCGAGUAAAGCGAGGAUUAUUCAAGUCUAUCAAAGACGUUCUUUCUAAGAAGAGUAAUAUGGAUUAUCUCAACUUUUGGAUGUCCUCAGUUUCUAGUUUGGUUCCAAACAGUGAGAAACCUCACGAAACCCCUUCAACUUCCAUGCAACCAGAACUGCUGCAGCCCCCAGUUAUUCUGGUCUUUACCCAUGCUGACAAGCCUCACAAAGGUGCAGAUCCUGAAGAGCUUGCAAGAGAGAUUUUUGGAAAUUUGAAGGAAAAAAGUUAUGGUAAACAAAUUCUGGACUUCUUUGUCGUAGACAACACUAAGUCUGGGAGUAAGGAAGAAUGUGAAGGGGUUAUUCGUUUGAGAAAAGGGGUGCUGGACACUGCCAAGAAGCUGCCUCAGCUGAAAGAGGUUAUUCCAAUCAAAUGGCUGAAGUUUGAAAAGGCUGUAAAAGAGACGGUUGAGCACGGAAGCAAAUGGAUUUACAUCGAAGAUGCGGAAAGAAUUGCACGUGAGGUAUGCGGAAUUUCCAACGAAGAGCAGUUUCUAGCUAUGUUGAACCUCCUACACGACCAGAGAAUUUUGAUUCAUUUUGACGACACCCGAGAGUUAAACAAAAUCGUUAUUUUGGAUCCACAGUGGUUGAUAGACGUGUUCAAGGAGGUGAUUACUAUUCCGCCCUUCAAGAAGAGUAAAAAGGAACAUACAGAACAGUGGAAAAAGCUUGAGAAAAGGGGAAUCUUGGAAAAGCGACUUUUAGAAGACUUGUGGGAUCCUCUUCUUGACACCCGAGAAAAUUUUGACGUCGACAGUCUUAUCAACAUGAUGGAGAAAUUUGGUUUGUUAUGCCCUUGGCCGUCGUCUGACGAGAGUGGGUCACCCAGUGAGUAUCUUGUACCUUCCAUGUUGAUGUCCCCCCCGAAGA